CGGGCGGGCUCUGCGGCGGCAGCGGCUGCUUCUUCCUCGGGCCAUUUUGCAGUGGAGCGACAGGGAGGAGGAGGUGCCGUGGAGACCCUGGGCGACAGUCGACGAGCCGGAGGAGGCGGCGGCCGCGCGGGCUCCCAGCUUUCCGCGGUCGCGGGGAUCUCGAGGGGCGAAGGGAUCACAGGGGAGGGGGACCCGAGAGCUGCGCCCGCCGCGCGGAGCGUCCCUUCCCGCCCCUUGCACCAUGAGCUGGGGCACCGAGCUCUGGGAUCAGUUUGACAACUUAGAAAAACACACACAGUGGGGAAUUGACAUUCUUGAGAAAUACAUCAAAUUUGUAAAGGAAAGGACAGAGAUCGAACUCAACUAUGCAAAGCAACUCAGGAAUCUUUCAAAGAAAUACCAACCCAAAAGGAACUCAAAGGAAGAAGAAGAGUACAAGUAUACGUCAUGCAAAGCUUUCAUUUCCACCCUGAACGAAAUGAAUGACUACGCGGGGCAGCAUGAAGUUAUCUCCGAAAACAUGACCUCUCAGAUCAUCGGGGACUUAGCACGCUAUGUUCAGGAACUGAAACAGGAGAGGAAAUCGAACUUCCACGAUGGGCGUAAAGCCCAGCAGCACAUAGAGACCUGCUGGAAGCAGCUCGAAUCAAGUAAAAGACGAUUUGAACGAGAUUGCAAAGAGGCUGACCGAGCACAGCAGUACUUUGAGAAAAUGGAUGCUGACAUCAAUGUCACCAAAGCAGAUGUCGAAAAGGCCCGACAACAAGCUCAAAUACGGCACCAAAUGGCGGAGGACAGCAAAGCAGAUUACUCAUCGAAUCUUCAGAAAUUCAACCACGAGCAGCAUGAGUAUUACCAUACUCACAUCCCCAACAUCUUCCAGAAAAUACAAGAGAUGGAGGAAAGGAGGAUUGUGAGAAUUGGAGAAUCAAUGAAGACGUACGCAGAAGUGGACCGGCAGGUCAUCCCAAUCAUCGGGAAAUGCUUGGAUGGAAUAGUGAAGGCAGCUGAAUCCAUUGAUCAGAAAAAUGAUUCCCAGCUGGUAAUAGAAGCUUAUAAGUCGGGGUUUGAGCCUCCCGGAGACCUUGACUUUGAGGAUUACACUCAGCCAAUGAAGCGCACCGUGUCGGACAACAGCCUUUCCAAUUCCCGAGGAGAAGGCAAGGCAGAGCUCAAAUUUGGCGGCAGAUCCAAAGGAAAGCUAUGGCCGUUCAUCAAAAAAAAUAAGCUUGUGUCCCUUUUAACAUCCCCCCAUCAGCCUCCCCCUCCUCCCCCUGCCUCUGCCUCACCCUCUGCUGUUCCCAACGGCCCCCAGUCUCCCAAGCAGCAAAAGGAACCCCUCUCCCACCGCUUCAACGAGUUCAUGACCUCCAAACCCAAAAUCCACUGCUUCAGGAGCCUAAAGCGUGGGCUUUCUCUCAAGCUGACCUUUGAAAUACAAAGUAGCCUUUACUGUGUUCUGCCUGUUCUUUUUUUCAGAGAUGCCAUAACCAAAAUGAAAGAUGUCUACCUAAAGAAUCCUCAAAUGGGAGACCCAGCCAGCUUGGAUCACAAAUUAGCAGAAGUCAACCACAAUAUAGAAAAACUCAGAUUAGAGACCCAGAAGUUUGAGGCCUGGCUGGCGGAGGUUGAGGGCCGACUCCCCGCGCGCAGCGAGCACGCCCGGCGGCAGAGCGGCCUGUAUGACAGCCAGAACCCGCCCACAGUCAACAACUGUGCGCAGGACCGAGAGAGCCCAGAUGGCAGUUACACAGAGGAGCAGAGCCAGGAGAGUGAGGUGAAGGUGCUGGCCACGGAUUUUGACGACGAGUUUGAUGACGAGGAGCCCCUUCCUGCCAUAGGGACCUGCAAAGCUCUCUACACAUUUGAAGGUCAGAAUGAAGGAACCAUUUCUGUAGUCGAAGGAGAAACCCUGUAUGUUAUAGAGGAAGACAAAGGAGACGGGUGGACCCGCAUCCGGAGAAGUGAAGACGAAGAGGGUUAUGUCCCCACGUCAUACGUCGAAGUCUAUUUGGACAAAAAUGCCAAAGGUGCUAAGACUUAUAUUUAAUACCACUUAAAAAAAACUUAAAAGUUUUGGAGUUGUUUCUCCCCACAACUGUCGCUGUUCCAGGCAGUUCUUCAAGAGACUGGACGGCCAGCCCCGCAGGCCGUGUUUCCGUGUAGGCUCCCACUGGACUGAGCUGUAGGCCCCGUGCACCCGAGUUGCCUUGUCUAGUUUUCACUAUGAUCAAGUUUCUGGCUGAGGAAAUUUUCACGGAAAGCUGCCAACUGCCAAUUUCCAACUGUGCCGUUCAAAAUCUGAUACGUGUCUCUUCUUUUGGCGGCCCCUGUAGAUAACAGAGUUGCAUUCUAACUUCUAAUCGGUAUUUCUGAAUUAAAAAGUCCGCACGCACUCGUCACGCGGGUGCAGAAGACUGCAGUUCUCAUGUUUUUAUCUGGUAUCUACCACAAAUCGAACUUUGUUAGGGUAUUACGUUUUGUAACUUAAAAAAAUUGAACUAUGCUAGUUUGUUAAAUUUUAUGAUCAUUCACUUGGGAGGAAGUCAUAAUUACAAUAAAAUUUCCCCAUUUCCCCCUUCUUGAUAAAAAAAUAAAUAAGAUUGGUAUAUUGGUA